UUGUAUGUUUCUUUUAGGUGUACGAUCAGUUGAGCUUACAGGCUCGACCAGAAGAAUAGUGUAUGGACAAAACACGUCUAUAUCUUCGGUACCAUGGCAGGUCUCCAUCAGGGACAGAGUCUACCCGAUCUGUGGAGGAACCAUACUAACUGAGAUAUGGAUUAUAUCCGCCGCACAUUGCUUACUGAGACAUUUAGUGGCAAACUUGAGCAUCCGCCUUGGUUCGUCCUGGAAAUCGCAUGGCGGUGAAAUGUAUGAUGUCAAAGAAAGAUUAGUUCAUCCGUCAUAUUUAAGCAGCAGCAAGGCCAACGACGUAGGACUACUCCGCCUGUAUUCACCUCUCCGCUUCACCAACAAAAUACUACCCUUGAAACUUAUAGACCGCGAGAAGAGAUUAUUGGCUAAUAAGUUGGCUGUUGUUUCAGGGUGGGGGAAAAUUAAGGAGGGUGGUCCGUCCGCAACAUAUUUGCAAUCUUCCCCGAUCCGAACAAUUCCCAUGAAACUAUGCAAGAGAUCAGCACUUAACCGCAAGGCCAUAGAUCCCGCAUCCAUGUUCUGCGCCGGAUCGUUCAUCCAGUCUUCGCCUGAUGCUUGUCAAGGUGACAGCGGAGGUCCAGUGGCCCUCGAAGGAGAGCUGAUCGGCGUGGUAUCUUGGGGCUUGGGUUGUGCCAGAGGAAAUUUCCCAGGAGUCUACACGCGACUCUCGCAUCCUGCCAUAUGGGACUGGGUUUAUAAUCAUAUCAGCAGCAGCAACAAUACGAGACUUAGAAUUGGCGAUUCCGAGUUGGAUGUAUAA